ACUAGUAUGAUCUAAACAAAAUAUUAUUGAUUAAAAAAAAGUAUUCCAUAUUCAUUUUAUAAUUGAUUUUUUUAUUAAAUUGAAAUUCUACUAAGAUAAGAAAAUGAUAAAGAAUAUCAUAACUUUUCAUUUUAUUUUGUUUAUAUCAUACAAGCAUUUAAAUAUUAAUUAACACAUAUCACUAUGCACAUCACAAUGCUAUUAGUAAUAUAAUUUUUCCUUGUUCGAAGACGUUUAUAUCAAUAUCAUCACUAUCUUUAACUUCUUUAAAUGAUAACCACGAACAUGACUACUAUUUUAAAAAUAAAAAUUAUUACGUAUACCACAUUAUUAAUAACCACCCAUUAAACUUGAAAUAAUUUUAAGUUAUCCUAAUAUUGAUUUCCGUCGAUAACCUCUCUCUGUACGUUGAUUUCAUCAACUAGAUCAAAAUAAUCCUUUGAAAUUGAUUUCUUAGCUUCUAAUAAAUUCUUAUAUCUCUACUCUUAAGCUUAGAGGAAUAGAACAAUUAAUACAUUAAAUGAAAAUUGUAAAUGAAUAAGUAAACGCGGAAGUCCUUUCAGUUCUGCCUAGCAUAAACUCUAUUCUCCAACGUAUAAUUAAUUAUUAAUAAUGCAGGAAGUUUUAAUAGGCCGACGUUACUAUUAUACGUCUCUUUCAUCUCUUACUGAAACCCCUUAGUCACCCAAAAGAGAAUUGCUUAUUAUCAUCUAGAGAAAAGAGGAGAUCAAAGAAAAAAUUUAAUAUCGUAAUAAACGCGAUAGGAAAAACAUGAAGUCGUCGGAUUUCUAUCGCGAAGGCGAUUACAAAGAGUAUUACAAAGUUUUACGAUUCUUUAUGCGUAUAUGCGGUCUCUGGCCUUAUCAAUCGUUUUUCGCUAAAUAUUUCUUUAUAACGAUGACAAUAUUUUUAAGCGAAGGAAUACUUGUUGGACAGUUAAUAGAGGUAAUACAAAUUCGAACUGAUUUAAACGAAGUCAUUGAUUGUAUACCGAAUAUAUUGAUAUCAUUGAUCGUUGGAAUUGAAUUCAUAGGACUCGUAUUCAAUUCGGGAAAGGUACGUGACUCACAUUUUAAUAAUAAAUAUGUAAUUAAUAAUUCUCACAUGGAAUGUACACAGUUGAAGAAAUGUAUCGAUAGAAUCGUUGAGGAUUGGCAACAUUUGUCUUCGAAUGUGGAAAUUGAACUGUUGAAGUCGUUUACCGUUCAAGGACGAAAGUUAGCUUUCGUUUAUUUAUGUAAGAUAAUAAACGAUACGAUUACAUUAAUAAUAAGAAUAAUAAUAACUACACAUUGAGAAAAAAUGGACCAAAAAUGAAACACAAUUAAUACUAAAUAACGAUAUACUAGAUGAAAAAAUAUGAAAUAUACGACUACCUAAUUUUUAAAAAAAACACGAUAACUCACCGCACAGAGAUUAAAAGACACCUCAGAUCAUAAUACACAUUUAGAUUUAUAGUAAUACUAAGAUCAAAAUUUACAACUAAAACUGUAUUCAAAAUAAUAAAUAUAUAGGCA